AUGUCGCAAAGCUGCGCCACUCAAGAUGGCACGAAGAUGUGCAGCAAAGACACUGUCAAGGCUACAGGUCUCAAUAUUUGGGCCAGCGGUGAGCACGGUCGUAACAGACCCAAAGUAGAUGUUAUUGCAGUUCAAGGUCUUGGUGCUAAUCCAUACUACACAUGGGUUUGGAGACCUGAUUCUGCCGGGGCGAGGCCUACGGGAGGCUCCUACUUCAGUUUACAAAGCCGCCAGAGGAAUACUCAGGCUGACGCACUUCCCAAUGGUGUUCGAGCGACAUCCGACUGA